AAGAAAAUGAAAUUUACUGCACUUGCAGCUUGUGAAAUGUAAACGAAUAAUGUGUAUUCGAGAGACGAGACAAUAAAACGUAUUUUAGUGCAAUUUUUAUAUGUCCCACAACCAACUGAAUGCGUGAAAAGAUGAAGCGAAAAUACGAUAUCAAUUGCGUGCUGCAGCAGAAGCACCAACAAAAUCUGUGUUUGUUGUAGCUAUACAUGUAUAUAUAUAUGUACAAAUAUAUACAUAAUAAAAAAGAGAGUCCGGCGGAAAAUUGGCAAUUGCGUUUAUGCAAAUGAGAAACUACAGAGCGCCCCACAAAUAAGUUCCGACCCGCGUACAUAAAUUAAUUCAAAGCGAGUCCCGCGCGCCACACACAAAAAGUGUGAAGGAGGUGAGAGAAAGAGGCGCGAAAAAUUCGCAACAAAAUGGUUGUCUCAAAAGACAACAAGCGUCGCCGCAAGGAGACUGAUACUCCGCCACCAGCUGCCGCGGCUGCGGCUGCGGCAGCGGCAUCCGCUGCUGCUGCUGUGGAGUCAUCACCCGAAAUGCCCAAGAGAACCAAGGUGCAGGCCCAGCGGAAGUUCGCCCAGGGCCAGAGUGCGCCCAGCAGCUCGUCGAGUGGCAUGGCAUACAGCAGCGUCGUGGCAGCAGCGGCUGGAGCAGGAGCAGGAGGCACUGGUCCGAGCACUUCGGGUGCAGAGAGCUCGCAGCCGCCCAUCGAGAUACUGCCCAACAAGUGUCCCAAGCCGCAGGAUUUCCUCACGUUUCUAUGCUUUCGCGGCACACCCGCUUUGCCCGCUCAUCUCGACUAUCUGAAUCAGGGUAAAUCCAAGGAUUCAAAAGAAUCCGAGGCAGCAUUGCCGGGCAACAACAACAACAACAACAAUAACAGCAGCAAGAAGGCCCAGAACAGUCGAGCGGUCAACAACAAGAAGAAACGCGGCAGGCCGGCCAAGGGCGGAGCGGCAGCAACGAAGAAGAGAGAGGCGGAGGUUGAGCCGGAGCCACGGUCACAGCAGCCAGCAGGGGCUGAUAAGUCAUCAACAGCAGCAGCAGCAUCGGCAUCAGCAGCAUCAGCAACAGCAACAGACAAAGCAGCAAGUGAUAAACCCAAUCUCAUACCAGCAACAGGGGCUCCAACGACAGCGACAGCGACAGCGACGACUCCAAUGCUUCCCGGAGCUGUGCGAAAGCGAGCCGAAGUUGUUACCGAUGGCAAUCGACGUGGCGGCAGGGGCAGAGCAGCACCUGAGAACGCCACCAAAACCAACAGCAACAGCCUGGGUGCCGCCACAUCAUCAGCCACUGCAGCAGACACCAACAAGCGUCGUUCCAACCGUUCCAGCACCAAGGAGAGCAAGGCCAUAAUCGAUGAUCGGGCGGAGGAGGACAAGCAGCAUGAGGACGAGGAGGAUGACGAUGAUGAAUACUUUUCAGCCCAUGAUGCCACCUCCCGUAACGGGGAUGAGGCCUCAAAGGAGGGCCCAGCGAAAGCCGAGCCAGCCAAAAGGGGGCGACCCGCAGCAGCAGCAUCGGCCUCAGCCUCAGGAAAGAAACCAUCGUCGGAACCAGCAUCCGUAGCCGUUGCGGAGAUUCCGCCCAAGGAAAAAGGACCCGCGAAGCGGUUAAGGCAACGGGAAUCACCCAUAUUCAUACCCUCGCCCGAGUCCUCGGGCCGGAUGACGCGACAGCGGGCUUUUUUCGAGCCAGUCAAGGUGCCACCCCAGCAAGAGGAGCCAGAAAAGGCGAAAGAAGACUCCAAGAAGAAGAAGGAGAAGGAUCCAGAGGAACCAAAGGGAGAGCAGCCACAGCCAGAGCCGGAACAGGAGCCGGCCAAGCAGCUCAAAGAAACAAAGGAGAAGACAAAUUCUAGUAUUUAUGCCAAAGAAGCCAAGCAGCAGCAGAAGCAGCAACAGCAGCAGCUGGAGAACGGCGACAGCCAGCACGGCUCCGGCAGCAAGGGUAAAAAGAGUUUGAACGUCUUCGACUUCAGUUCCGACGAUGAGCAGCCGCUGGCCAAGUCCAUUAAGCUGAAGAAGGGCGCCAAGGGGGCCAGUCCCAAGAAGGGUAAUGCCGCGGCGCCUCCACCAGCGGCCAGGAGUCGCAAAGCGGCCACCAAGAAGCAGGAAAAAGAGAAGGAAAAAGAAGAGGAAAAGGAAAAGGAGAAAGAAGUUGCGGUGGCAGCAACACUCGCAGCGACAGCAGCGGAGUCAAACAAACGCGGGGCGGCCAAGGCGGGAAAGAAAAAAGCUGAGGACCCACCGGCCGAUGAGCAGGACCUGGCGCCCCCCUGCCCAAAGAAAGCCACGACGAAUGCCCGUCCAGGACGAAAGACUGCCAAGAGCAAAGCCACAGCGGAAGAAGCAGCCGCUGUUGAGGUGGAACCCCAGCCACAGCGCUCGCAGCGGCCCUCGAGGAAGACCAAGGAGGCGGCGGCCAUCUACAUGGGAAUCAUGGGCCACAAGCUGCAGAUGGCCGAUGACGAUGAUGAUGAUCUCUCGCUGAGCAGCUACCCGGACAUACCCAACGCCAAGGAGAUGGAGAAGAUGGAGAAGGAGAUCAAAAAGAAUGCGGCGGGAAAGUUGAACGUGCCCGAGGCAACGACGGUGCCAACGGCAGGUAAACAAUCGCGAAAGCCGUCGCCCAAGCCACCUCCAAAGGGGGGAGCAGCUCCAACAGCAGCUGCGACAGAAGUACCCCGAGCAGAUCCGCCCUCCCCACCCGAGUCGGAGGAAGAGAAGCCACCGCCUCCGGCAAGACGCGGACGACCCCCAAAGCAGGGAAAGGCAGCUACUGCUGCUGGUGCUUCUGCGCCCCUCGCCAAACCCCCCAUCGAGGGAAUGCUCGUAAAAAAGGGCUCGCUGACAAAGAUGAGCGAACAGGCAAAGCCCAAAGCCAAGUCCGAACAGUCAAAAGUCGACUCCGACGAGGAGGAAGACUUUCUAAUCAACGAGGAGCUGAACGAAACGAAACGCAAUCUGGAGAAGAGUUUCAGCGACUCGGAUGACGAGCCACUGGCCAUCAAAGUGCCGUGUGUGCCCAAAGGCGCCAGCCAGGAGAAGGAUAGUCCAUUGCCAGUGGCCGGCAAGCUAUCAACCACCACACCCCACCGGCCAUCGGCAAAGCUCCAGUCUGCUGUCGCUCCAUCCGCCACCACAGCGACAACUUCGGCGGCGGUUCUUCCAUCAGUGGUCGUCCAAUCGAUGCAGCUGCAGAUCCAGGCUCCCAUCAUUCCCCCCUUGACCACACAGCAGCUUUCGUUGCUGCCGCUGGCCACCAAGCCAACGACAACGCAAGUGGCAACGACAACGCCAGUGGCGACGGCAACGCCAGUGGCGACGGCAACGCCAGUGGUGACGCCAGCGCUGACAACACUGCCCCUGCCCAGUGGCAUCCAAGUGGCCGCAUCCAAUUGCAUCUCCAUUCCCCCUCUGAACUAUACCCCGCUAAAGGUCAUGGAGAAGAAGUCGCCGGUGCCGACAUCAAAGAUUCUCAAUGUACCCGCCACCUAUGCCCUGCCCGGAGGCAGUGCGGCCGCCGCAGUGGCGGUGGGCUUCCAAAAGACAUCGUCGUAUCUGCCGCAGGCAUCGCCGCAUUACCAUUCCGGCUAUGUUCGUCCCCCACCGACGCCCUCGCAUCCGUUUGGCUCUGGGGGAGGCGGAGUGGGAGGAGGAGGAGGAGGACCGUCAGGAAGCAAGACACCUGCCCAGGGAUCGCCACUGAAAUACCAGACACCGCCAACAACCUAUCCCCCACCCAUUGAGGCCUACCAGUGCCCCAAGAUCAAUCCAAACUUCCUCACGCCCAAAUACGAGCGUAGUCCACUGCCACCACGAUCCUCGGCCUCGAGCACCUUUCCCACACCCUCGCCUGUGAAGUUUCUGCCGACGCCAACGUCCACGACGGUGGGCACGGGCACCGGCACAGGCACAGGCACGGGCACGGGUACCGCCUCCUCGUCGGCCACCAAAAGCCCCCUGGCACCGCCAACGACGCCUGCCACGCCGCCAGUCGUUGCAUCCACCAGCCAGCCAGCAACAGUGGUGUUGCAGACGUCCAGCCUCAGUUCGAGCACAGCAACAGCCCCGCCGCCCAACCCGGCACCGCCGCCAGUGGCCUCCACGUCCGCGGCAGCUGCACAGCAAGUCAACGCAGCAGGAGUAGGCGCCCCAACGUCCACGCCAACGCCACCGCCUGCCCACAGUAACAGCAAUGCAGGAGGCGCCGGCGGCAGUGGCGAUCCCCUGAAAGACGAGAUAAGCAACUUUCUGGCGCAGGCUACGCUGAUGCCCAGCAAGGAGGAGUCUGGGAAGAUAUUCGGAAUAGCCAGCGUCAGCCUGGCCCAGAGUUCCGGCCCCGACAACACCAAGUGUACGCUGGGCAAGUGCGGAUCGAUCCACAAGCCUGUGCUGGGCCCGGUGGUGCCCACCGAGGGAUACUUUGGGGACCAGCUGACCAGCAAGGAGCGGCGAAAGGCCAAGGUGAAUAUGACGCACGAGCAGAUCCAGAAGUGGCUGAUGGAGUGCUCCUCCAAUCCGGAUGAGAUACUCCAGGACGAUCUGGACGAUGAUUUCGAUGACAAUAUGCGGGUGCAGCAGUCCACCACCCCGCCGCCCACGCGGGACGAGAAGGAGCUGAGCGCCAGCUUCUCAUCCUCGUCGAAGAACACCCGCGGGGGAGAUCUCGGCAAGAGCGAGAGCGCCUGGUCGGCCAAGGGGCCGUCGUUGAAGGCCACACCCGUUGUGGUGACGCCCUCCAGUCGCAAGGAGCAGACGCAGGCGCAGGCCGACUGUGAUGUCCUGGACGGCGAGAAAUCAUCGACGCCCGUGAAUCUCACACAGAAAUCGGAGCCAGCGGCGGACAAGACAGCGCCCGCUGACAAGAAAUCAGUGGUCGAGCGAAAGGCCAAGGAAUCUGUCCGAACCAGGGCUGCUCCUCAGGCGCGCAGUGCGGCUACCACGCCUUCCGCUCCAACGCCCACCCCUGUCACGCCCACCAAGAGCACGCCACCAACACCGCCGCCGCCUGCUAGCAGUCAGCAGAAAGGGAACAAGGGGAAAAAGAAUGCCACAGCAGCAGCAGCAACAGCAGCAGCAGCAGUGUCUCCGCCACCACCACCGCCACCCACUCCGCCCACGCCCAAGCGGACGCCAGUGUACAACCAGAAGGCGAACAAGGCGACGACCCAGCAACAGGCAGAGACGAAGCAGCCACCACCUGCGGCAGCACCGAGUGCUUCAGCGAAGCGAGGAAGCGAAUCUGUCUAUGCCUUCGGCAAGGAAGAGGAGACCCCUGCGGGGGCCAAACCAGGCAAUCGCCGCACUCGGGUGGAGCCCACCCCGACGCCACCGCCAGCGGCUGCAGCACCAGUGCCGAAUGCGUUGAGUGAGCGGUCGCCGACCAAGAAGCGGGCGGCAGCCGCUGCAGCGGCCACUGCCGUCCAACUGACGCUCAGUCCCACCGAAAACUGCAAGAUUGAGGGAUCGAAACCCAAGACGGGACCGGGAAGGGCAGCCAAGAAGCAACAGCAGCAGGUGGCCCCUCCUCCGCCAACAGCAGCAAUGGAGCCGAGCGGCGACUCGGAUCCCGAGGGAGCCACUUUCUACAUACCCCUGCAGGGAGCGGGUGUCGGUGGCAGCGGCGACGGCGGCAUCCAGGGAGUGGCCGUCAAGCUGGGACGCGAGGGCCCCGACGGACCCAACCAGAAGGUGGUGAUGCAGGCCACGCUGGUGACCAAGGCCCAGAUGGACACCAAUUCGAAGCCGCUGCCCGAGUCCCUGAACACGAACGAGCUCGUAAAGACGCUCUUCCAUGCGGCAUCCAACAAUGAUGCCGCCUCCACAACCAGCCUGAAGAGCCUGCCCAAGGCCAGCACCUCAGCGGCAUCUGGAACGGGAGCGGGAGCCGCCGGCGCAGGCACAGGCACAGGCGCAGGCGGUGCCUCGUCCAGUCUGGUGCGUGUCAAUUCCAAUUCGUCGCUCUUCUCGGGCUCCGCAAAGUCGCGGACAGCGGCCCAGACCAGCUCAACAGCGGCGGCCGUGGCCAAAAAGUACAAGGAUGACACGCCAAUCAAGAUGGCCAAUAAUACGGCCUUCCCUCGGCACGACGAUCCCACCCAAAUGGUGGAGGCACCCAUUUUCCGUCCGACGGAGAAGGAGUUUGCCGAUCCCAUCGAGUUCAUUGAGCGAAUCACACCGAUUGCGGCCAGGUUUGGGAUCUGUAAGAUCAUUCCACCAGCUAGCUUCAAGCCAGAGUGUCGGAUAUCGGACGAGAUGCGGUUCACGGCGUACAAUCAGUACGUGCACAAGAUGCUGCAUCGGUGGGGGCCCAGUGCCAAGGAGUUGAGUGCCAUCAAGAAGUACCUGGCCACCCAGAGCAUUACGAUGAAUCAUCCGCCUUGGAUUGGAGGCAUGGAGGUGGAUCUGCCGCGGCUCUAUCACACCGUCCAGGAACUGGGCGGCCUCAAGGAGGUCAUCGAGAAGAAGAAGUGGUCGCGUGUGGCCGAGGAAAUGUGCAUACCGAAGCUGGCCCAGGACCGGGUGACCAAGCUGGAUGACAUCUACUGCAAGUACCUGUUGCCCUACGACACCCUGUCGCCGGCCGAGCGCCAGAAGCUCUUCGACGAGGUCGAGGCGGACUGGGCCAAGCGGGAGGCCAGAGCCAGACGGAAUGCGGAUCGGUUUGUCAACACGGAGAGCGUCUCGAACGAGGAGGAUGACCUGAGCAGCGACGAGGAUGAGGAGUCGGAGGAGGAGAUCGAUGGCGUGUCCAUGGAGUGCAUUGUCAAGGGCAGGAGCAUGCCCCUCAGCCAGUUCUACCGCAUCGCGAGGAACACGAUGGCUCUGUGGUUCAAGAGCACCGAUCCCACCGUCAACGAGGUGGAGGCCGAGUUCUGGCGCCAUGUCGCCGUCCGCGACAGUCAUGUGUGUGUCCAUUCGGGGUCCAUCGACAGCUCUGGCUGGGGCUAUGGCUUCCCCAGUCCCGGUCCCAAGGGCAAGGGCUCCAACUAUGCUCGCCAUCCGUGGAACCUCAAGGUUCUCACCAACAAUGCUGGCUCAGUGCUGCGUUCGUUGGGACCCGUGAUGGGCGUCACCGUGCCCACCCUCCACGUGGGCAUGCUCUUCUCGGCGUGCUGCUGGUACCGGGAUCCGCAUGGUCUGUCCUGGAUUGAAUACCUCCACACAGGUGCCUCCAAGCUGUGGUACGGCAUACCCGACGAUCAGAGCGCCAAUUUCAGAUCCGCACUCACUUCGCUGAUCCCCACGCACUGCCAGAACAAGACCAUUUGGCUGCCCUGCGAUACGGUGAUGGUGCCCCCGCACAUGCUGACGGACCGGGGGGUGUCUCUGUGCCGCAUCGAGCAGAAGCCUGGCGAGUUUAUUGUGGUCUUUCCCCGGGCCUACACCUCCAGCCUGGCCACCGGCUAUGUGGUCUCGGAGAGUGUCUAUUUCGCCACCAUGUCGUGGCUGGAUUUGGCCAAAGAUGAUUUCAGGGACAUCCAUGAGAGCUGCGAGCCAGCCAUGUUCUCGCUGGAACAGCUGCUGUUCGCCCUGGGCUAUGACCAGCGCGUCAACCCCGAUACCCUCCAUCAAAUGCUGCCCAUGCUGAACGAGGUCUGCGAGAAGGAAUCUGCAGCACGAGAACAGCUUAGAGCCGCUGGCGUGACAUCCACCGAAAAAGUGCAGGCCGAAAAGGGCCAAAAGGCCAAGAAGCAACAACAGCCACCGCACAAGUCCAUCGAAAGUGAAUGCGAUCUCUGUCGUGCCAAUCUGUACAUAUCCAUGGUGCGCACCGACGACGGCAACGUCUACUGUUUGCAGCACGCCCUAAAGAACCUCAACAAUGGCAACAUCCAGGCGAAGCAAUGCAAGCUGAUUUACGCAUACAACGUGGACGACAUACAGCAGUUGAUACGCCAGCUGCAGGAGAAGAUACACCACAAGGCGGCCGUAAAGAAAAAGUAGCACCGUCGGCGUCGUUACUAAUCUGGCGGCGCUACCCCACAGAUAUCCAUACGGCAAAGAAAAAGACGCUGUGUUGUACAUAGAUUAUAAAGAAAAAUAAUUGUAUACGCAUGUGAUUCGCCCAAAGCCCAGGCCCAGGAGUACACAUUGGAAAUGAAUGCGAAGCGCAUCGAAACACGGAUAUACAUAUACGAUUUAUCUCCCAGUUAACACACUAACUGACACUAUUACUAACUGUAAAAUAAGAGAGUAUAGGAUCGAAGUGGAUCGGAUUGGAUGAUCCCAUUUACAUUUCAAUGUGUGGCAAUGCUUUCAAUUUAUCUAGUUUAUACAGAAAUUUGUGAGGAUAUACGUAUAAGAAGUUUGCAAUGAAUUUUUUUUUGUUUUCCAUUUUAAAUUGUAGUUUUUUGUUAUGCACUGUACUACCACUGUCCCUCCUAUCCCUACCCCAACCCCUACCCUUAACCCGAGAAAUGUUAUUAACCGCUGCGUCCUCUCCCCUUCCCAUCCUUUGUGUUAUUGUAUAUAUUUAGUAGAGACAGCCCCUAGUGUAUAUGUAUAUGUAUGGAUUAAGUCGGGAGACCACUCCCUCAAAGAAUGGAUAAUGCUAACAUGUUGCAAUUUAUACUACCUUUUAUACGGUUAAGCUAACGUUAAUUACCAUAGCAUCCAGACACAGCCCCCGCAUAGAGAGAGACACAGAGAGAGAGAGAGAGAGAGAGAGAGCAGCCGUAGCAAUAGCGCAAAAUGGACAUCCCGGCACUCGCAAUAAAAAGUAAUACAAAAACUAACGAAAGCUAAAGUUACUAUCACGGAAACAUUUAACUAAAGACAAAAGCCUAGCCACACUACAGGACUACAGGACACCCCAUAUUACACACAGAAAGAGUACUUUUCAUUCAACCAAAAAACAAGGAGCGAAGCGGCAAUUUUCUGAAUGAAAAAAGAGAAAAACCUUCAUUAGAUGUUCAAUGUAUUUAUAUAGUAGUAAUAAUACAAUAUUUAAGUAACAAGUGCAACAAUAAAUCUUAACGCGAUAUAUCAGA